UUUCAUAUAGAAAAUGUCGAUCAUGAAAUACUCUUUUAAAAUAGAUAUUAUACAUUUAAUAUGAGACAAGAGGGAUAAUACUUUCAUACAUAAAAAUAAAAUUUGUCCUUCUUACUUUUAUUUAAUAAAUAAAAAAUGGGUUUAACAAAGCAAUAUUUGAGAUAUGUACCGGCUGGGAACUCAAAUAUAAUUGCCAGCACUUCUUGUAAUAUUGUUUUUGUAACAUUACAAGGGCAAGAAGGCAGAUUUGUUGCAGUUGGAGCAUGUGAACAUGUUUUUGUAUGGGAUUUACGUCUAGGAGAAAAGGCUCAAGUAUUAUCAGGAGAUAAAGUAAAUGUAUCGUAUUUGGCGGCAUCUCCUAACCAACGACAUAUAGCAGUUGGUUAUACGGAUGGUUCUGUGAAAACAUUUGACUUACGGUCCGGAGAAAAUAUAAGUGUAUUCGUAGGUCAUCGAUCUGAAAUUACAACUUUGGUAUAUGAUAAACAGGGGCAUAGAUUAGCUUCUGGUGCAAAAGAUACAGAUAUUAUCGUUUGGGACAUAGUAGCAGAAACUGGAAUAUGUCGAUUAAGUGGACAUAAAGGUGUUAUAACUAAACUGGCAUUUAUGAAAGAUCGCAAUAUUCUUAUCAGUGCUAGUAAAGACACUUUUGUAAAAUUUUGGGAUUUAGAUACAGAACACAAUUUCAGAACCCUCGUUGGUCACAGAACAGAGGUUUGGAGUCUUACUUUAGCCAAAAAUGACGAAUAUUUAAUAACUGGUUGUAACGAUACUGAAUUAUAUGUGUGGAAAAUAUUUUUUACUGAUAGUGGAACUACAGAUUUUGAAAUUAAUUUGCAAGAUUUAAAUAUCGCCGAUGAUUCCGAAAUUAGCAACAUGAGAUAUCCUUUAGGAUGUAAGAAAGCUGGAAGUAUAUUGAGGAGCAGUCGUGGAAGGGUUGUGUCUCUUGAAAUUGAUACAACACAUACUGUUAUAGGAUGUCAUGGCGUAGACAAUACUGUAGAAUUAUUUCAAUUUUUACCUGAUGACAAAGUAAAAGAUAAUGUGGUGAAACGAUUACGGAAAACAAGGAAAAAAGCAGAAAUAAGCGGAAACAACACGGAAGCAGAUUUUUCAGGUGUACCGACAAUAAGGGAUGAAAUCAUUCGUUUACCUGUUAUUAAAGUGUCUGCUAAAGCGAAAGGACUAAAUAUAGUGAUGGGUGGAGGAGGAGAACUCAGAGUAUGCGUUGGGUUAAAUAAUAAUUCUAUCGACUUAUAUUCCCUGUUUACGCAAGAGAAAGAUGCCGAAGUAAAACAUUUAAGAUCAAUAACUAGUCAUGGUCACCGUACAGAUGUUCGUUCAGUUUGUUUCAGUUCUGAUAAUUUGGCUUUUGUAACGACAAGUGGAGAUUCUGUGAAAUUAUGGAACAGGCCAACACUAGCAUGUUUACGCACUGUUCAGUGUGGUUAUGCUUUAACGGCAACAUUUGUACCAGGCGACAGACAUAUAGUAGUUGGUUUAAAAGAUGGUAAAAUGCUGAUUAUCAAUAUUGCAUCAGGUGAUAUUUUAGAAGAAGUUCCAGCACAUUCCAAGGAACUUUGGAGUGUUACACUAUUUCCUGAUAUGAAAGGAGUAGCAAGCGGAGGAGGAGACCAAACUGUCAAAUUUUGGAAUUUUGAACUUAUUCAAGAUCCUGAUAAGGAAAUAAAGGCCAAAAUUUUGUCCGUUUUACAUACGAGAACUUUAAAAUUGGAGGACAGUGUAUUAUGUGUCAGAAUAAGUCCUAAUAAUAGAUUUGUUGCAGUAGCGCUGCUUGAUUCUACUGUAAAAAUCUUUUUCCUUGAUACGUUUAAGUUUUUCAUUUCACUUUAUGGUCAUAAAUUGCCAGUUUUGUGCAUGGACAUAUCUAGUGACUCGACGCUCAUCGCCACUGGUUCUGCUGACCGAAAUAUAAAAAUUUGGGGUUUAGAUUUUGGAGAUUGUCACAAAUCGAUAUUUGCGCACGAUGACUCCGUAACAGGACUUUCAUUUGUACCUAAUACUCAUUACAUAUUUACUUGUGGGAAAGAUGGAAAAGUAAAAGAAUGGAAUGUCGAUAAUUUUCAAAAAAUUGUGACAUUACAAGGACAUUCAGGAGAAGCAUGGAAUUGUGCUGUUUCACCGAAUGGUAUUUAUGUUAUAUCCUGUGGAUCUGAUAAAGUAGUUAGAAUGUAUGAACGAACCACGGAACCUUUAGUCCUACAAGAUGAAGAAGAGGAAGAAAGAGAACGUCAAGAAAAUGAGUUAGUUACUGGUGAAACCACGGUUGUCCCCGGACAAAAGCCACAAUCUUUACCUUCAAGAAAAACUGUGUCUAGUGAGAGAGGGGCUGAAUUGAUACUGGAAUGUUUGGAUAUAUCUAAAACAUUCAAUGAACAGUUAUCGAAAGUAACAUCAUCAAAUACAGCGCCUGUUGUUCCUUUACAAAUGCAAGCUUACAAUUGUACGACUGUAGAGGAUUAUCUAUUGGAAACAAUUAAGCGAAUUAGAGCAAGCGAUUUGGAAGAAACGUUACUAUUGUUGCCAUAUUCAGCCGCCUGUGAAAUUCUCCAAAUGCUUCCCAAACUAUUAGAAUCAGAUUAUCACACAGAGUUACUUGCAAGAUUAGCAUUAUGCCUAGUACAAGCUCACCAUGGUCCAAUUGUGGCUACCCAAGAACUUUUACCUACUUUAGAAACUGUCAAAACACUUACUAUGAAAAAGGUUUCAGAACUGAGAGAUACAGUUGGAUUCAAUCUACAUGGAAUGUUACAUAUGCAACGUGUUAUCGAAGAAAAGGAAGGAAUCCAACUUUUCACGGAUGCAACUAAAAGCAGUAAACAUAAGAAUAGAGCCAGAAGAAAUAAAGAAAAAGCAGUGAAAAGAGCAAUCAUGUCCUUAUAAAACUUAAUAAUGAUACGAAUGUUUUGUACAUAUUAAAAAUACUAAAUAUAAAAAUGUUGGUUACUUUUUCUUACUGUAUAGUAAAAUUGUUUUGCAAUAUGAAAAUUUUGCUCGAAUAAUGAUUUAAGAAUUAAUUAAUAUAAUACAUUAAUAAACAAUUCUAAAAACGUAUACACAAGUUAUAUAUAAUUUAAAUAAAA